UUUUCUGUUUUUAACAUAUUUCUUGCAGUCCCAGGGGAUUUGGGUAACCAGUUGGAAGCCAAAUUGGACAAACCCACAGUGGUGCAUUACCUUUGCUCCAAGAAGACAGACAGUUACUUUACAUUGUGGCUGAAUUUAGAAUUGCUUCUACCUGUCAUCAUUGACUGCUGGAUUGACAAUAUCAGGCUAAUCUACAAUCGAACAAGUAAGACCACAGAACCUCCAGAUGGAGUGGAUGUCAAAGUCCCAGGGUUUGGACAAACAUUUUCUUUGGAAUUCCUUGAUCCCAGUAAGAGAAGUGUUGGCACUUAUUUUUACACACUGGUGCAGAGUCUGGUAGACUGGGGCUACCAGCGGGAUAAAGAUAUAAGAGGAGCUCCCUAUGACUGGAGGAAGGCACCAAAUGAAAAUGGAGAUUAUUUUGUGGCCCUUCGGAAGAUGAUUGAGCUGAUGUAUGAACAAAAUGGAGGUCCUGUGGUCUUAAUUGCCCACAGUAUGGGUAAUAUGUACACUCUUUAUUUCCUCAAUCGUCAGACUCAGGACUGGAAAGACAAGUACAUAAAAGACUAUGUGUCACUGGGUGCUCCAUGGGGGGGCGUGGCUAAAACACUUCGUGUACUGGCUUCAGGUGACAAUAACAGAAUUCCUGUCAUCAGUUCACUUAAGAUCCGAGACCAGCAAAGAUCUGCAGUUUCAACCAAUUGGAUGCUCCCCUACAAUUACACGUGGCCUGCAGAUAAGAUCUUUGUAAGCACACCCACAGCUAACUACACCCUCCAGGAUUACCAGAAGUUCUACAAGGACAUCAACUUUGAGGAUGGCUGGCUCAUGAGACAAGACACUGAGCCCUUAGUCUACCAGAUGACACCACCUGGUGUGCGUAUGCACUGUCUCUUUGGCACUGGCGUAGAAACACCUGACUCAUUCUACUAUGAGGCCUUUCCUGAUAAAGAGCCCAAGAUCUAUUACAGUGAUGGGGAUGGUACAGUGAAUUUGCAGAGUGCCUUACAAUGUCAGAAGUGGGUGAACAUGCAAAAACAGGACGUGAUGUUGUUGGAGCUAUCAGGAAAUGAGCAUAUUGAAAUGCUGUCCAAUGCUACAACUAUUUCCUAUGUGAAAAAACUUCUUUUUGAUUUGUGACAUCCUAUGUGGACAGUUUUUCUCCAUCACCUGUGAUGCCUUCCCUUGAGAGGGGGAAAUGCCUUUUGAUCCUUAGGUUUUAAAACACUUGGAUUAUUUAUUCGGUCUUCUCUCAGGCCAUAUUCAGAAAGCUGUUCGGUGUCUUUAAUGAUCACUUAGUGUUCAUAAUGAAUCAUAGUGUUUCAUAUUCUAAACGCUUGGUCAUAUGUGCAUUCUGGUGCUGCUAGACAAAAUGUCCAGUGUUCAUAUCGAAGUUCACUUGAACAUUUUUCAAAUCCUUAGUGCAAAAUAUGCAUCUUAUACUGUUUCUUGUGAUCUUUGCAGAGGUUGGGGGAGGGAAAGAAUUGCUUACUGGUUACUGUCAGUUGUGCAUUAAAGCAAGGGAGUGGUGGUAGGAAGGAUUUUUUUAUAUAGUAACUUUCCCAAAGGAUCACAAGUUCUGAAUUGUCCACAAAUAAGCUAGUAAACAUGAACCUCCUAAUAAGUGUUAUAAAUAGACAUGGAGUUAAGAUAUUGCAGGACUUUGGUCACAUCCAACCUGUUACUUCAUAUGUACUGCUGCUGGAGAAGAGGGAAAUUACUUGAAGUUCCUUAUUUAAUGUCUUGGAAAAACUGAAAAACAAUCCAAUUGCCCUUAAUUCUAGUAAAUUGAUGACUUAGCACCAAGAGUCUAAGGCUUCUGGCUUCAUGAUUUAAGCUUUUUUUUCUCAACUAUAAAAAGUUAGGUGUCAUUUCUCACCUAAGAGCCUGGUGUCAUUGAAAUCUACAGAAACUUGAUAGCAAAUUUUGUGAGAAGCUGGCUUCACAUGUCAAAGUGAUAGGUAUCUCCUUUAUUUCAAACAGUAGAUAGAUUGUGAUCUCAAACAAAGCUAAACUCCACCCAAAACAAAUAAAAAUUAAAGUUCCCACAAUGGAUGAGGGAGGGGAAACCUUUUUAAUGCAUCUUGCUUUUAGUCAAAUAUACUUCUACUGUGAUAGUCAGUUUCCUACUAACUGACCAUCUUUCCAAUUGGAUCAAAUUUUUUGUUUGAAAAAGCUUAGAAUUAUAAGAUAGACCUUUCCCACAGGAUAAUGAAUUUGUACUUCAUUUGGGUUGAGAAACAAAUAUUUGACAGAUGUACUAUGUAUUAGGUCCCAGAAAAUUAUAUAGCAUGCAACUCUCCAUGAAGCACUAUUACAGUUGCUUAACCAUCUCAGACCAUUUUUCAGAAAACUGUUAUGUACACUUCCAGGAUACAGGUUUCUUCUGAAAAAGUUACUUUGAGGUAUGCUCAUAAGAAAUCUUACAGAAUUAGGAAAUUGUGGUUAUUUACAAGGUAAAGUUUAACCAUUCCUGUAGUGCAUGGAGGUUGUUUGCUGCCAUUGAAAUCUUUGACAGCUCUCAGGAGUAUUUGCCACUGCAGAAUGUAAGCACUGUGGAACAGGAUGGACUAGAUUAGAAUUCUCAAGUCUCUAAUGUAUUUUGUAUUAGCUAAUCACGUCUAGAAAUCCUGACUGGGAUCGUUGGUAGGCCAAUUGUCUCCCUGUACAAAAGAGAAAUUAAGACUAAUUCCCUGUCUCUAAGGGAGGAUAAGCAUUCCCCAGUAGAAUGAAAGGUCUGUCACUUGGAAUCAGCUAUCUAAGAUCUAGUGCUCAGCAGUUCUAUGGCCCAAACAGGCUUUCGUGACUCAUCUGUGUGCUAGUCCACUGCCAGAUCUGAAUUGCUCACUGACUAUCUGUAACAUGGAGUUGAUAGCUUAAAUCUCAACAGAAGGAUAUGAAGUCCUUUAGUCAACUUUAUUUUGCAGACUUCUGCAGACUGUUGUAUUCUAGAACCACAGUUCUAGUCUAAGGAUCUUCCUAUGGUCUAACUCCAUUGUGAACAAACUACUAUAAGUCUGAGUCUGCAGUAGAUGCAACUGUUCAAAGUAACUGAUUCAAAAGUUCAGCGUUUUUAAAGUUCACAAUACUUGCCCAAGUAGAAUGUAUGCUUGUUAACUAGCACCAGGAUGGGAGGAACCUGAAUCUGUAUUGGCUCCCUCCAAAAACUGAAGAACGUUGGUGUGGUUCUAACAGAGUUUCGGGAUCUAACUGGGAUGGAGGGUUCUUUUAGAAAUGGUUACUUAUAAAGCUGUCUGACUGUGCUAAAUGUGCAAAAUAAUUAAAAACUUAUAGGAAGAGUGUUUUGGCUUUGGUACCCUCUACACCUGAAGAAGCAGAAAAAUUGAUGCCUCCAAAAGAGCUACUCUAGAUUAUUCUGUUCUGAUUUAGCAUUUGAUAUUUACAGUAUUUUCACCCUUUGAGAAAUAUAUCACUUUGUGUUUCCAGCUGACUUCAUUUCAUACUCUACCGUAAUGACAAUGGCCCGUUAGUCCACAUUCACUUAGCUUUCCAUCAGUCACUUCUCAUGCUGAAUAAUCUGCUCUGCUGCUUUUACUUGCACUGGUAAAGUGGAGUUGGCAGCCCUCAAGCUUUGUAGAUUUGCUGUGAUUUGUCAGCAUAAAUCCUUGUUUCGUUUCUGAGCAGAAUUGCCAUCUCUAAUGUUAGCUACUGAUUCCUCAGUGUUUAUACUUUAAGAAUCCAUGCAUCUAAUGAUUACCUUCGAUUUGGGGAUGUUUUGUAUGACAGAUCAUGUAUCCGAUUUCUCAUUUUUCCAUCAAAUCCUCCAGAGCCCUUCUUUUGUCUACUCUUUGAUCCCAGGAUAGAGAUGUCCUCAGUAUGAAAUAGGGUAGUUCAAUAUAGUGGUGUGCACCCCAAAAGAUGGAAAGAGUUCAAUUGUGCAUUUCCCUUUUCUACUACAGGUUGGACCUCCAAAAACUGGGACUCCCUUGUCUGGCAACAUCCAUGGUCCUACAGGUCCUGCAUGUUCCUGGACCAGGGAGUCCGGGCUGCGAGCCUCAUUGGUAAGAGGGCUGGCAGCUUAGAGCCCAGCUGGAGUUGGAGCCUCGAUAGCAGGGCCAGGCAUGUGGCAGCCCUUGUAGUGGGGCUGGGGAUGCAGCAGCCACAGUAGAGGGGCUGAGGACAUGGCAGCCCAGUGGGAAGAAGGGGCGGCUAGGGCCAGCAGGGAGGGGCCAGUAGCAGGGGACCUCCCCUUGUGUAGCAAAUUCCCUCAUUUGGAACCAGUAGGUUCUUGAUAGUGCCAGACCAGAGAGGUUCAACCUGUAGAAGUCUGUUUGCUUUAUUGCAUUUAUUAGAGGGCAAACCCAAGUCUAUUUAGUAUCACUUUAGUAGGAUUGUUUGCAGUGUUUCUGUAGCCAUGUUGGUUCCAGGAUAUUAGACAAGAUGGGUGAUAUGUAAUAUCUCUUAAUGGACCAACUUCCGUUAGUGAAAGAUAAGCUUUCAAGUUUACACAGAGCUGUUUGAGGUAACUGUAAGACUGUUUAAGUAUGCAGUCUUAAGUAGUCUACAGUCUUGUGGGGAAACUAGUCUGAGGAAAUAUUAAUCAUUGCUAGAAAGAGGAAAAUUAAUAAAGUACCUCAGGUGCUUUGCUUCUUCACUGGUUUGAAUUGUGUGAUUUUGGUGAAAUCCCUUCUGAUUUAUCCUAAUUACUUACAUUUAUGAAUGUUUAUUUUUGCCUAAUGUUCAUUUUCAGGAUAUUUUCAGAAACCAAAAAUAGAGGACCAAAAUAUAUUUUUUAUUUCUAACAAAAUGUUGAGAGAAUGCUGGAGGGACUUCAGCUGUUACUAUGGUAGGUUCAAGGUCACUAUGUGAUUCUGCUCAGACCAGAAGAUUUUAAUAUCAAGCAAUAAUUGCAGAGGAGUUGUAGGCCAAAGAAAAGAAUAUUUGGUAUAUUCAAGGCCCUCUUAAUUCAGGGAAUAUUUGGCAGUUACUUUGCUGCUGUAAAUUUAACAGUAUUUUGUAUGAAACAUUAUCUUGUGAGAUCCAGCAUUUUAUAUAUUUUCCUCUUUGUGAAUGAAUGACUCAGUUAAAUAGAUUUUGCAUAUUGUCAAACUUUGAUAACAUAAUAAACUUUAUCUAACGUUGAA